AUGAAGUACAUCGGCAUCGAAGUCAUGCUCAACUUCCUCAUGCUGGCACUCAUGGCCAUCGCAGCACCAGCCAUUUCCACCUCCGAAGAGCCAAACGCCGUCCCCCUCAACCUAAUCAGCUACCCCACACCCGACACCUCCACUAUCACAUCCGUUUCUCCUCAAGGAAUUGAGUACAUCCAACUGGGCGACAAAGACUUCCAACCCUGCUUCCCCAAUUUCGGUCAAGCAAUAAUGUGCACCAUAAACUACAUAUCACACCCCUCUUGGAACAACGAAGUCCAACCCUUCAUGUACGACAACGAGUGCAAGCGGAUUGGCGAGAACUACCACGCCCCUCGCUCCAUGCUCGCUGCGAAAUGGGGCUGGAGAAUGACUGUCAAGUUGGACUAUGGGGAUGUUCAUCUCAAUCCUUUUUACAAGAAUAACUUGGGGUUUGAUUCGUCGUACACGAUUAAAGGUUAUGUUGGGGAGUACAGGGUUUUCAGAGCUGCGUUCCCAAGGCAAGUUGACCUGAUGACAUUGUUGCGACUGAUAGUAAUCUUCUCGACAGAUGGUGAACAAAGAGCGUCGUCAGUGAUGCUGCUGGGUCAGGAAGUGGCUAAGGUAUUCGCUAAUGGCUGGUCACAUUCAGCGGCAGCUUUGAAGGGAUGA